AAGGUCAAUCUGGUAUACUUAACACCACUGCAGCGAAAUACACGAACAAAGGCUGCUAAAGGUAGAUAUAAUUACAACAUAUGCAACACAAGAUGGCGAAGGUUGGCUCUAGCCUAAAACCCGUCCCGGAGGCGUCAAAAAUGACAAAUAACAAUGUACCUGAUGAACUGGCCUAUAUGAACCACGUGUGUCUAAGCGGUAAAGACCUAGAAGAGUUCAGGACUAAACAAUGCCCACUAUAUGUAAAGGGCAUGUGCCAAGACAGUGUUCGCUGCAAUAUGUCACACAGUGAAACGUGGCCGCGACGUAACCCGUCGCUGUUCAAAUACGACUACAAGCUGUGCCCAAAUAUACAAUUCUUCCGGAUGUACAACAAAAUGCAGCUACAAGGGAAAUGCCACUACGGCCGCCGUUGCAGAUACUCCCACUCCAAAGAGGAGCAACUGUACCACCCCGAAUUGUACAAGACACGUAUGUGUCUGAACUACCCAGAUUGUAAGGGGUACUUCUGCCCAUUCGCUCACUCCAAAUCCGAGAUUCGUGAACGCAAGGAAGGUGGUACCAAGAACAAGUCAACUAAAGUGGACAAGCCCAAAAAAGCAGAGCAGCAGAUUUCGCUCACGGAAACAUACUACGCACCCGAUGAAUCGGUUAUAGAUGCCUUCCAAAGUCAAAUGCUCACAAACGCCAUCCAGUUCCUCUACAAUGAAGAUUAUAAGAAGGACACUAACAUGGAUAUCAGCUCACUUAACACCACGGUUGGGUCACCAGGGACCAUGUCAAGCAAUGAUGUGGCAUCAAUAAUGGAUUUCGACCUCAACGCAAGUCUAGGUGAGACCCUACGUCUACACGACGAAGAAGAAAAUGGCAUCCAAUUAGUGAACCCCUACUUAACACUAGACGAAUUGAAUAAACGUGAAGUUGGUGCUAAAGAUAACAUAAAUGUAGAAAAUAAUGAAGAUGUGAUACAAAAGGAAGUGUGGUCUAAUGUACCUAGUGAUGGACCAGAAGAUGAUGAAGAAGACGGUUGGCUAGAAGUAGUACUACAGACAGGACUUAAAUUACUCAUCGAAGAUGAUGACAAACAGAAUAAACGCGAUUGUAGUGUUGAAUCAGGUAAUUGCAAUAAAUGCGAAACAACAAAAGAAUUGACCAACCAAGAGAAUAACCUGGCUACUAACUGGUGGAUAUGAAUACCGCGGUCACACACAUAGGGUAUGCCAAGCUAUAAUCACUGACUCCUUACACACAACAUAGAAUAUAUAUUAAAUAUAUACAAUAGUGUACCUAACAAUGAAUAGCUUACGCGCUUA